UGCGGGGCGGUGCAUGCUCUGGGUGUGGGCUCUGCAGUCGCCUCUCCCUCAUCUCGUGCCCCGCGUCUCUCCUCCCAGCGUACCGACAGCCGGGGACCGCCGCGGGGCGGGGGAUGCCGGGCUGCCGCAUCAGCGCCUGUGGCCCAGGGGCCCAGGAAGGGACGGCAGAACCGGGGUCCCCCCCGCCGCCACCCCGGGAGCCCCUGCCGUCCCUCCAGCCCCCGCCCCCAUCGCCGACCUCGACCCAGACACCCACUCAGUCACCGCCGUUGCCCGAGGCGACCGAGACCCGGGCGGAGGGGCAGGAGCUGCAGCGCUGGCGCCAGGGUUCUAGUGGGGGCCCGGGGGGCGCGGGCUCGGCGGGGGGCGCGGGCGGGGGAGCGGGCGCGGCGGCAGGAGCGGGGGGCCGCGCGCUGGAGCUGGCAGAAGCGCGGCGGCGACUGCUGGAAGUGGAGGGCCGCCGGCGCCUGGUGUCGGAGCUGGAGAGCCGGGUGCUGCAGCUGCACCGAGUCUUCCUGGCUGCUGAGCUGCGCCUGGCGCAUCGCGCCGAGAGCCUGAGCCGCCUGAGCGGCGGAGUGGCCCAGGCCGAGCUCUACCUGGCGGCGCACGGGUCGCGUCUCAAGAAGGGUGCGCGCCGCGGCCGCCGGGGUCGUCCGCCCGCGCUGCUGGCAUCCGCCCUCGGCCUGGGAAGCUGCGUGCCCUGGGGCGCCGGGAGGCUGCGGCGCGGUCACUGCCCCGAGCCCGACUCGCCCUUCCGCCGCAGCCCGCCCCGCGGCCCCGCCUCCCCCCAGCGCUGACCUCAGAACCCUGGACCCCUGGUUUCCCAAGACGGGCGGAAGGACGACGGACGGACCGACGGACGGGUCCGGGUGCUGGCUAGAUGGAUGGCAUCAUCUACUCGGUGGAGACAAUCGGGGGCCACGGGACCUUGAACGUGAGACUGAGCUCCUAAGCCUCCACUUUCUGGGUCUGGACUUCUGCAUUCUGCUCCUUCUCUGGAUACUGCCCCCAGGAAGACUUCCA